AUGACAUGGAAAGCCUUGAGGACGAGUUGCCAACUCUGUCCUCUCACGUUCUCUUUUACUUGGAUCCUUGCUUUUCUUCUUUCUACCGGUGGCGUACUCGCGCAAGAUGGCCAGUUCCGAUACUGCUGCGACAUCCAGAAAUGCCAGAACGUGACGGAGGUAUGCCGAAGCACGCCUGGAUGUGCCCAGAGCUGUCUCACCGGCCCCAAUGUCUCAUUCCCCGCCAGCUGUACUCCAUCGUGGAUUCUGCCGGGCCAGGAGUACAGCUGCUUCUCGCAGUACAUGAACGCCAGCGUUAGCCGAGUUGACCAGAUAUGUGGCCAGACCUACUCCCCCGGUUCGGAGCCGGCACCCAUGGUGCUCAUGGACUACGGCACGUGCAAACAGAUAUGCCCUGGCUGGCACCUCUCGCCGCUUUCGACAUCCACCGGGCCCGUCACUUUACUGAUCCAGUACAUCUUCCCGGUAGUGGUGUUCUGCAUAACGAUCCCACGACGGCGGAAAUGGGAAGUCCCGGAUUUCCUGUUCGAGUUUGGCGAUAAGCGCCUGCUAAGGCUCCCCCGUCUCCUCGCCUCUCUGGUGGUGUCUGGGAUUAUUGUGACCAUUGACAUGACGGUCUGGAUCUUCACCAUAUUCGUCGGUGCCGGACCCAUCCUUGUUGGAGGCAUCACCGAGUUGGUUCUCGACUUUGAAAUCCUCAGAUACAUCGACCAUAACGUGUCCCUGUCGGCGAACGAACGAGUUGAGCUCAUGGUUACAGUCCUCUGUGGCAAUCUGGAUCUCGAACACAACGCACCAGAUACUAGAAUCAAGGCCGCGCUUCGGCUGGCAGAACCAGCACACAAGUUAGAAGAGACCAAAACCCAUCUAAUCUCGAUGCUCAACUGCCAGGGUACGUUCGGCUCUCUCGUCGGCGCACCAGUCCUCUUCUUCAUCGGCUCUUUCGUUGUCACCCUCGAUACCCUUCGCGACCACAUCGGGGAUAACUCGACAGCCCUGUCGCUCUCGUUUGGGAUGUGGUGGACGGUCAUCACGCACGUCACCAUCAUCAGCUCCUGCGCCCUUGCCAGCAACAACCCAAGCACGGUGGCGAGCAUCGUGGCCGGCGCCGAUAAGGGCCACGGUAGUCAGAAGGACCGACACAAGGACCAGAGGCGACACCAUGCUGAUCAAGGGCCGCACAGGUUCCACUUUGGUAUGUCGCGCGUGUUCAAGGCCGAGUUCAUGCCGGUUGCGCUGUGGGACAGGGGGAUCAUGAAGAAGAGGUGGCUAGAGAGGACGCUCCAGCCAAGCAACAACAGAGCCUCGCCGGGAAGGAUGAGCGGAUGCAUACACCCAGGGCAGCCUGAGCUGCAGCCCAUAUUUUGCUUGAUGCUCGUCCCCCUGUCUGCUUUCUUGUUGAUCCUAUAUCCGACCACUCUGGCUUUUGUGAUUUCAUACACAACGCCCAGGAUCUGUAUCAGUUGCCGCGCCCCCUGCCCGCGCCUCCCCCACGCCGCGGCCCUCAUCGCCCCAGCCCUCGCGGCCCUCGGCGCGGCGCUGUUCACGGCCUUUGCCGGCACGAUCCUGCAGCUGCUCGGCGUGUACGGCAACUGCCUGUGCGCGAUCCCCGCCGCGGCCUGGCUGCGCGACCGCGACGCCGCCCGCUUCAACCUCGCCACUGACACGGCCGAGCACCGCGCCAUGAGCGCGUACUGGAGCGCGUGCGGGUACGCGGCUGUGGGGUUUGUGUCGGUCUUGACGUACCUCGGAUGGUGGUAUCAGAGGGUGCUGAGGCGGAGGCUGCUGAGGGGGAUUGGCGUCUUGGGUGGGAGUGAGUGA